AUGCCGGACUCUAGCAGAUGUGGAUCUCGUCUGAAACUCGUCUGUUCUCUCCUCGUCAUGUGUGUCCGGCUCGUCUCUGGACAUCAUGCUGGCGUCUGUCCGAAUCACGUCAACACAAAUCUGUGGGUGGACGCACAGAGCACCUGUGAGAGAGACUGCCAGACAGACCAGGAUUGUGCUGCAUUUGAGAAGUGCUGCACUAACGUCUGUGGUCUGCUGAGUUGUGUAGCUGCACGCUUUUCUGACGGUUCCUCUGCUGAUGGCCAAUCAGGUGUAGGUGUGGUGGUGGGAGGUGUGGCCAGCUGUGAUGAGUUUCUAUGCACCCAGCAGGGGGCGGAGUGUGACGUGUGGGAGGGGCAGCCAGUGUGUAAAUGUCACGAUCACUGCGAAAGUGAGCCCAGUUUCACGUGCGCCUCGGACGGACUCACGUACUUCAACCGCUGCUACAUGGACGCAGAGGCAUGCAUGCAGGGGAUCACACUCACCGUGGUAACCUGCCGGUAUUACCUGUCCAGCCUGAAUCCCAGCCCCCUGCCGCAGGACACCACCACUCAACCUACACUAUCCUUGCCCAACUCCGACCCUUUCCCACCCACCCUCUACUCCAACCCGCAGCACCAGGUAAUUUACCCGGGUGGAACGGCAAGCUUUCACUGUGAUGUGAUCGGCCACCCCAAGCCUGAUAUCACCUGGGAGAAGCAGUCUGAGGCACACAAAAGAAUUGUCAUGAGGCCAGACCAGAUGUACGGUAACGUUGUCAUAACCAAUAUCGGUCAGCUGGUAGUGUAUAACGCGCACAUCUCGGACACCGGAAUCUACACGUGUAUUGCGCGCAAUGCUGCGGGAGCAUUGAGGGCUGAAUACCCACUUUCAGUUGUAAGGCACAAUGAUGACGAUUUCUUUGAUGACCCAGAAGCGGGCUUGCCGUUAGGUCGACCAUUCUCGCCCGCUGACUGCUUGGCACCGGUGGAGCGUGCAGAGUGUGGCGAAAAGCUUGUUGACUGGUUCUACGAUGCGCCACAGGGUUCUUGCCAUGCAUUCACUCACGGAGGCUGCGACGGUGGCCGCAACCGCUUUGAGACAUUCGAGGAGUGCCGCUCAGCGUGUCAGAGCGAGGGUCUGGCUGUGUGCUCGCUGCCUGCUGUACAGGGCCCGUGUAAACACUGGGAGGCACGCUGGGCAUACAACGCACUCUCAAAACAGUGUCAGGCAUUCAUCUACGGUGGCUGCCAUGGCAACAAGAACAACUUCCGCACCCAUAAAGAAUGCGAAGCGAGCUGCCCACAUCUCAAGGGCCGUCCUUGUAAAAGCUGCCGGCCGAGGGGAAAAAUGGUGUCGAGUCUUUGCCGCAGUGACUUUGCCAUCGUGGGACGCCUGACAGAACUGAUCGAGGAGCUGGACUCGGGAAUUGCACGCUUCCGUCUGGAGCAGGUGUUGCGGGACGAGGAGAUGGGCCUGCAGCUCUUCAAAACACAACAUCUGGAGGUGACACUGGCACGCAUGGACUGGAGCUGCCCGUGUCCCAACAUCACUCAGCACCAAGAUCUCCCGCUGCUGGUGAUGGGUGAGGUGCAGGACGGAAUUGCCGUCAUUCUGCCUCACAGUUACGUCAGACCCAUUUCUGACAGACGACUCAAGAAGAUCCAUGAGGUUCUGAGCAAGAAAACAUGUGAGAUGCUUCAGAGAUUCCAGGACUGA